UAGAUAUCUCCCUUCAUAAAAACGUAUUUUGAAUCUACUCGUUUCUGUGAUAGACUGUUUCAGUGAAUUUUCCAUACAGUAUAUAAAAUAUCGAACCUGACAUAUUUUACUUAGCGAAAAAUUACUAUGACGGAAUUGGACGUGCAACAUUUAUCCGAAAAAUGAAAUUUACGAAGCCUUUAUUCUCAACUUUUUUGCUUAACUUAUUGUAGGCAUCAGUUCAGCGACGUUGUCUGUUUUGAAAAGACAAGCAGCUAACAAAUCUUUCCUUAGAUUGUAAAUGCUUAUCAGUUGUUCACUUCAUUUGUCCGGCAGUGCGUGUCUUGCCCAAUUAAUAAUAUCUGUCGACAAUUAGUAGCUUUAUCAAACAGAUAUUCAUCACUGAAAUAUCUAUUAUAUGCGAACGCUGAAACAGUGAUUCAUAAUCGUAAUUGUUGUUCAUGCCUUCCUAGAAUGAAGAGUAUUUUGAGAAUUUUAACAGGGUUUUGUGCCUUCUACGUCACUUUUGCAAUACAAUGUAAAGAUGAAAGUGAUAAACCAGUGGAUUGGUUUUACGUAUACAAACUGCCAACAAUAAGACACCAGAGUGGUAACAAAUUGUUGAAGGACGGUGUGGCAUAUACCUUUAUGACCUCUGAAGAUUAUAGUGACUGGAAAUUUUCAAAUGUUUCAAUUAACAGUACCGAUUCUAUCAUUGGACAUACACUCAAAGACCUAUACAAAAGACAAAAUGAAUUACUCCACGUUUUAUACAACGAUCAACCGCCGCAACAUAAAUCAAAUGAAGAAAAGGGGCACAAUAAGGGUGUCAUUUUGGCAGAAAGUCAAGGUGGUUUUUGGCUGGUACAUUCUGUACCUCAUUUUCCCGACAUAGGAGAUAAAACCUACAACUUUCCAAGAACUGGAGCAGUUUAUGGUCAAAGUUUCCUAUGUAUUUCGACAGAUUUGAGAAAUCUUGACACUGUAGGUCUUCAACUUCAGUACAACAAGCCAUAUGUAUACAGCACGAACAUCCUUGCUACUUUAAAAUCUUCACUGCCCAAUUUAGUAGGAGCUGCAUUAAACAAAACUGUAACCAGUCCACCAUGGUUCCAUUUGGCAAAUAUCACUUCUAAUAGAGGAGUUUCGUUCUUGUCAUUCGCAAAAUCUAAGGAGUUCGCUAAGGAUCUGUAUGCAGAUUUAGUCGCACCAUCUUUGCAAUCGAAUCUGAAUGUAGAAACAUGGCCAAACGGUGUUGGGAGACUCAGAUCUGACUGUUCGAAACGAUUCAAGGUAUACAAUGUUAAAUCAUUAGAGCUAAAUGUAACUGAUGUUCUUUUUACUACAACUGAAGAUCAUUCUAAGUGGGCUGUAUCUUCAGACAACAGAAAUUGGAUAUGUGUAGGUGACAUAAACCGAGCUGAAUCUCAAAAAAGCAGGGGUGGUGGAACUGUCUGCAUGAACAACAAGGGACUUGCAGUGAAUUAUCAAAAAUCGAUACAGACCAUAGAACAAUGUGAAAACCAUUAAUCUACAAUUUUAUUGUUAAAUAAAUAUGCUAUUUACAUUCACACUAUGCUUUUAGAUAU